ACGAACCCUCGCUGAAUUCAAUGUCAGCAAGCAAGCAGGUGAUCAUCAUUCUGCAAGGUCCAGAAAUUCGUUAAAAAUUAAAAUUAAAUUUGUAGAGAGUUAGUUAAUGAUAUUGCGAUGAGAUCGAGAUGGUGACUUAGUGAACUGUUUGUGAAGACGAAGAAUGGCUAGAAAGACGACCUACAUAUCUUGUAAAUAAACAUGGCGAAUCGAUAUGGCAGUGAGAGUUUCGCCAUAGAAUUUCGUGACCUACAAGCUACAACCCUUUGUCUGGAUAAGACGGGGAAUUUCGCCUUGCUUGCAGGACGAAAAUAUUUGGCCGUCCUUGGUUUGGAGGAGACCUCAACGGACAAGUUGCUCGUGAGGGUACCGUACGGAGGAAAGUAUGAGAUUUCAAGUGCACAAUGGUGCAAGGGGGAGGAUAAGCAGGUCGCAAUAGCGAGCAGUCAGCGCUGUGAUAUUUAUGAAUUGACGGACGCAGCCGAGUUAAAAUGUGCCAUAAGACUGAAGGGACAUACCAGAGUUAUCACGGAUUUGGAUUGGUGUUCUUUAAAUCCGUCCCUACUUGCAUCAUCCUCUUUCGACUCGUACGUCCACAUUUGGGACAUCCGUGCGAGAAACUCCGGAUCCGCAGAUAAGCCCCAAUUCUCCCUCAGUGCGUUAGACGGUGCCUCGCAAGUCCGGUGGAAUCGAGUCUGCGAAGAUAUCUUGGCUUCCUGUGACGGAGGUCAUGUAAAAAUAUGGGAUUUGAGGAAGCCAAACACACCCUCAGAAUUUAUUGCGGCUCACGCUUCAAAAAUUAACGGGUUGGAGUGGGCGAACAGUGACACCGUCAUCACCGCAGCGCAAGACUGCACCGUCAAAUUUAGCAAGUUAUCCGAUAACAAGGGAACUUCGGCGAGCAACAAGGGCCCCAUUUUAUCAUUGACAGCACCCGUGUGGAGAGCGAGGCCAGCGCCUUUCGGGCGUGGCGUGGUGACCCAAUGUGUUCCCAUCCUCCGACGAGACUCUGGUCUUCUCUCCCUCUGGGACUGGAAGCAACACUUCGCCUCCCCCAUUUUCACAUUCCAAGCCUAUGAUAUCAUCGAGUUUGCGUGGAGGAAGACUAAAAAUUAUGACUUGAUUACAUGGUCGAGAGACCAAACUUUGCGAGUGUGGACGUUGCCGAGAGAAAUCGUUCAGUUAUGUGGGGGUGACGAUGAGGAGAAUCCAAUCCGUGACGUUAUGUCGACCUCGCACGACCAAGCCACCUUUAUCGCUGAAGAAGACGAAGAGACGACCGAAGCUGGAGUGGAGUUAGCAAUGGAGGAAGACCUUGAAGUGGAAGAGGAGGAGCAAGAACAAGAAGAAUCGCCCCCACCAACACCACAGAAGACGAGCACACCAACCAGCACGAUGACGAUAAGGAAUAAGAGAACGGCAGCCACGCUUGAGAGGGGAAAUCGGUCUAGGAAAUCAUCUUCCCCGUCACCGCUGAAUAGGAGAGAUUUUUUAAAGGCCGAGUUCGAAAAGGUGGAACAAGAGAAGCCGGAAAAUAUCAAUUUCGAUCAGAUCGAGCUGGACAAAGGUCUCAUCCGAUUUAGCUGGUCAUCAAAAUCGAAACCGGGGGAGAAUAAAGUGAGAGGCGUCACGGCUGGAAUUCUUGCCUCGUUUGCCAACGGAUAUCCAGCCGUGAGCCCAACAUUCCUCGUGACAAAUGCGAGCUCCGAAGUGGAUAAGAAUGAUGUCGUCAAAUCUCUCAAAAAUUUGGCAUUACACUAUUCAAAGAAGAACGAGCAAUGUUUGGCCAAAUGUGUGGAACAGUUUUGUACAAUAAUGUCCUCAAUCAAGACAUUAGAAGAUAUUGAAGAAGGCUAUUUUGGCAACGUCCGUGGCGUGAGCAACGUUCCAUUUCCACGCACUUCAGGUGCUCGCUUUUGCGCUGUUGGGAUGUUAGUCUGCUUCGGUCGACCGUCCUACCUCAAACGUGUAAAAUCCAACUGCGACGCUGGCACGCCACGGUCUCUCUCCGCGCUGGGACCAUAUCUGAGUCAAGUCGCGUUAGAGAACGAGGACAUAUUUCGUCACCGUGAUCGUCGCCACCACCACAACCACCAUCGUCCCCGUCACGAUAAAAAGCGUGCCGGUCUCGUCACCCUGUUCGAUGUUUCGCCUCUUCUCCCAUUCAAUCUCAAACUGGCGGAAGACUACAAACACAUCGUCCCCACUCCAGGACACAGAAAGGCCGCCUGUGACAUCAACUUGAGCGUAUCCUUUGCCCAAAAGAAACAUCUUGUCGCCAAUAUUUGGCAAGCCGCCGGGAUCAUUAGCACGUUUGCUAGUCCGGAAGAAAUGCAAAAUUCUCGGAAUGGUGACGACCAGUAUGGUAAUGGUAUCGUCGUGGGCAGCGAACUUAUCCCUGCAGCGGCCAUAAACGACAUGACCUUUGAGGAAGAGGAGGAAAUCAACUGGUUGGCUUAUCAUCCGUUGGGCUGUGAAUUGAUACAUAUGAUGAUUACGCACUCUGCUCAAUUUGGCGAUGUCCAAACUGCGGCCACCUUGGCAGGAUUGUUCACCUCGAAAGAGCACUUGCCCAGCGUAGGGAGUGACUAUGUGGGUCAGUUUAAGAAGGGUGGCGGAGGACAAGGGCACCGCCAAACUGUUCCGCGACUCACCGUUCCCAAGUGGUGGACAAAGGGGACGGGAUCUCCCUAUCAUACCGUGCACGGGUCCGAUACGCACGGAAUUGUUGGGGGCUUUAAUUAUAAUGUGAAUCCACUCCUCUCGGCGGAAACCUUCUUUCGACAACACCGCUCCAACUCGUGGUCCGACUCUUUAGAUGAUAUUAAAACGUUACAACUUCUGCACGGGGUUGGAGAAGGACCAAUGUCGAAUGGGGGGACGGCGUCUGCUAUGUCGACGGGCGGAGGAGGUGGGGGUGGGGACGGACCCAGCUAUCACAGCAGUUCGGGUGGCAUUCAGAUUCAAGGGAGCAAUAAAAAUAACACCCCAAAUAAGAAUGGUGGUCGUGGAGGACAUUCACAUCAUGGCGGUGGUGGUGGUGUUGGUGGUGGCGUAAUAUCGGACGCCGCAACUAACGGAGCGAUGAUGGUGCUAGCAAACAAUAAUAAUAAUAUUGGGGACGCCGCCAUGAAUGGAGAUGGGAGUGCCAUGGUCAGACUGGGUGGGACUGUGGUGUGCAUUUCCAAGCAGUUGAUUCCCGUGGGAAAAGGGGUCGUGUUGGAUGGUUCGCUACAUAGAUUUUACGACCGGUACAAAAAAUCAUAUGCGGAAAUAUUGUUCCGUUGGGGGCUCCUUCAGCAGAGAGCAGAGAUUUUGAAAAACUUGACCGAAAUUUCCGAAAGCAAUACCAUCACGCGGAUGGGAGUCGACUUUUCAAUUUUAUGUCGUUCAUGCGGAGAGACGUCCAAAACGCCGUACUGCUUCCACUGCAAACGCAUCGUUUCAAUUUGCUCCAUUUGUCACACCCCGGCGAAAGGACUGUCCACCUUUUGUCCACUUUGUGGUCAUGGGGGUCACGCGAAUCAUGUGUUAAGCUGGUUUACGGAUAAGAAAGUGUGCCCGGCUGGGUGUGGGUGUCUAUGCAUCACGGAAAUUAGGUGCGGCACUGCGACCCCAUUAAUUAACAAGACUCGGUCUAGUUAGCAAGUAAUAAUUAAUCAUUGUGUCUACCUCAUUUCUAAUUAUGUGCCAAAAAUAUGUCAACAUGAUAUUAGUGGAAAUUUACAGAUGUACGACGUACGCAAAUAAAGAUGAUUUAAUUUGUCUA